AUGGUUAGUUUCAUCUUCGUCUCACUUUCCGUACUCGUCGUUUUGGGCGCGGCUUUUAACAAUGACGAUGCUAAAUUUCAUAAUUAUCAUUUCAAAAGAAUUCCUCAAAUCAAUGAAAAUCAACUUACACUUCAAAAUACUUUGAAAAAAAUUGUUAAUAAUAAAAAAAGUGCAAUUCAUAGUACAGAUGAUGAGAAACAACAGUAUCCAUUAUCAUAUGUAGCAGCAGCGACUGAAUCAAUAUCGAUUGAUUCAUCUAUUAAACUACCUGAUGAUUUUGCUUGCCUUGAAGCUUGUGAUACAUGUAUUGAAGAUUAUCCAGCAGCUUUUCGUAAGAAAAAAUCAUUCGAUGGUUGCGGUCCAGUAUGCGAAUGUGCUAACAGCUGUACUCGUAUGUCAAUCGAACAGAUUGAUAAAAUUUAUGGUCAAGAAUAUUCACGACAAACUGACAAAGGUUGCUUUUUAAGAGUGUAUUUUCAAAUGCUCAACAAAUAA